AUGUCUGGAAGGAAUGAAUCCAGGGUCACGGAACUCAUACUUGUAGGCUUUGGAAAUCUUUAUGGCUUCAACAUUUUAAUUUUCAUCAUAUUCCUUAACAUUUUCCUAUUCACAAUAACUGGAAAUCUUCUGAUCAUUUUGUUAGUUUCAAUUAGUCAUCACCUUCAUUCUCCCAUGUACAUCUUUAUUUGUCAUCUUGCAUUGUCUGAUAUUGUUCUCACAAUAAAUACUCUCCCCAACCUGCUGGGAGCAAUCUUACACGGUGGGCAAGGAAUGACAAUUCUUGGCUGUGUUAUUCAAUGCUAUUUCUAUAGUGGUAUAAUUUUUGUAGAAUGCUUUCUGCUUACAGUGAUGUCCUAUGAUCGAUACCUGGCUAUAUGUGUCCCAUUGCGUUACAUCACUAUCAUGGACAUUACAUUACGCACCUGUCUGUUUGUCUUGCCCUGGGUGUUGGGGUUUAUCCUAAAUCUAAUAGGUAUCAUACCUAUAUCCCACUUUCAGUUCUGUGAUGGAAACAUCAUUGACCAUAUAUAUUGUGACUUCUCCCCUCUCAAAAAGAUUUCAUGUUCUGACACGUCUCUGGUGGAAUUUCUAGGCUUUGUAAUCUCUACACCUAUGUUUAUUUGUCCAUGUGGUGUUAUCAUACUAACUUAUGUUCUUAUCUUCAUAACGAUACUUAGGAUCCCUUCUACAACUGGAAGACAGAAAGCCUUUUCGACCUGCAGUUCUCACCUUCUCGUGGUUGUUGCAUUCUAUGGCACAUUAAUAAUAAAGUAUAUGAUACCAUCCAUAGGUCAUGUAUUACUUUUAAAUAAGAUUAUAUCAUUGCUGCAUACUGUGUUUACCCCCCUGUUUAACCCUUUAGUAUACAGUCUAAGAAACCAAGACAUCAGGGCAGCACUAAGAAAGAUUUCUGAACAUUAG